AUGAAAAUAUUUGGUAUUCUUAUGCUGCUGGUCGGACUCGCAUAUGGUACGGACAAUAUUUUGAAUUUAAGACAAGGAAAGAUAAACGGUAGUAUUAUUGAGUCAAGAAAUGGACGGGAAUUUUAUGCAUUCCAGGGAAUUCCCUAUGCCAAACCACCGAUUGGAGACCUUAGAUUAGAGGAUCCGGUAGAAGCCGAUUCAUGGAGUGAUAUAUUAGAUGCGACCAAUGAAAAACCAAUGUGCAUUCAGAAGAAUUUGUUCAUGUAUGAAUCAUAUAAUGUACUUUUAGGUAAAGAGGACUGUUUGUAUAUGAAUGUAUACACCCCUAAGAUCCAUAAAAAAGUUCAAAAGGACUUGCUACCAGUUAUGGUUUGGAUCCCAGGUGGAGGUUUUAGCUCUGGGCACGGAGGUCUGAGUUUAUAUGGUCCUCACUAUUUGCUAGACAAGGAUGUUGUUGUUGCUUCAUUCAACUAUAGAGUUGGACCUCUAGGGUUUUUGAGUACCGAAGACGAUAUUUUACCGGGAAAUUAUGGCAUGAAGGAUCAAGUUUUAGCACUGAAAUGGGUCAAAAGUAAUAUUGAAAAGUUCGGAGGAGAUCCGAAUAAAGUAACGAUAUUUGGUGAAAGUGCUGGAGGAGUCAGCGUUGGUUUACAUUUAUUAUCACCACUGAGCAAAGGAUUAUUUCAUAAAGCAAUACUUGAAAGUGGGACUCCCCUGUGCCGAUGGGGUGUAUCUCCACCAGGAUUGGCUAAACGUAGAGCCUUAUCACUGGCUACUAUUUCUGGAUGUCCUGAAGACUUAAAACAAUUUUCUAAAUGUCUGAAGAAUAUGCCAGCAGAGUUAUUAGUUGAUCUUCAUUACAACUUUUUUGAAUGGAAAGUGUUCCCGGCAAUCACGUUCAUGCCUGUUGUUGAAAACUGUGAAAAUAAAACAGGGUUUUUAUGUAAAUAUCCAUUGCUUGACUUUAAACAAGAAUCGAAUGUUCCAAUUUUAAUGGGCAUGAAUUCCGGAGAAGGUGGUCUUUUUGCUGCUCGAGUCUAUAAUGAGAACUGUGAAGUUGACCUUGAAUUAAAGAAUAAUUUUGAUCACUAUAUUUCAUCUUUACUUAUUUAUAAAUACACGACAAAGAUGUCCGAUCUUCCCAUAAUUAGUAAAAAGAUAUACAACCGUUACUAUACUAAAGGAAAUAUGAACGAUCCUUUAGACACUGUUAAAGUGGUUAGCGGUGGAAUCUUUCUGCAAGGAAUAUUUGAUAUGGCAAUCAAACUAUCAUCACCGGUUCAUUAUUACGUUUAUGAUCAUACAAAUAAAAAUAUGUCAUUUAAUUCAUAUUUCGGGCCUUGUAAAACUAAAUUAGGAGUAACGCAUGGUGACGAAAUGAUCAGUCUAUUUUUUACCCAGGGACAGGACGAAUUAAAAGGGGAGGAUCUCAAUGUAUCUAAGCUCAUGAUCGAAAUAUGGACUAAUUUCGCUAUCACUGACAAAGUCACGAUUGAUGGAACGGACAAUGGAAAAGAAUGGCCGUUGUUGGAUUCCAAAAGUAUGAAAUAUCUGUUGAUCAGUUCAAGUAAACCUGUUAUAUCCAAGAAGCCAUUCAUGAAAGAGUACGAAUUUUGGAAUGGUUUACCAUUAUUAUCUGCAUUUAAAAAGUCUGCGGAGGUUUUAAAAACUGAACUUUGA